AUGAUGAAGCUUGAACAGAAAAUUGAAAACCUCAAGACAAUGUUAAAAUCAGUAGACAGUCCUACUCUUGGGUCAAAACAAGAUGAAGGCAAACAGCUGACUGAAGAAGAGGUCUUAGAAAAGGAAGCUGAGUAUCUCAAGGACACCAUCUCAAAAAUGGGUCUAAAUGAAGACAACUCAUCAAAGCUUCAAAACCUUUUUAAGAAGGUACUCAACAAACCUGCAUCUCCAAACACUGCAAAAGACAAGACAGAAGUUGAAAGACAAGAGCUUACUAAGGUUGAGGCGGCGUCAUGUUUUCUGUCUGAUCACUCUCCGAUCAUUUUGUCUACCGUCUCCUGUAACUUUGGGGCUAGACCAUUCAGGAUUUUUGACUCUUGGAUUGGUAAACCUGGAUUCGAAGAAGUGGUUACGGAAGCCUUGAAUGGAGCCGACGUUCCUAUCGGUCCUCCUGAUGUGUUGCUAAUGAGGAAAUUGGGGAAUAUGAUAGUCAAAGUGAAAGCCUGGAGGGACGAGAUGCUGAAAAAUAGUUCCGAGGAGGUGUCGGCUGCUUUGGUUGAUCUCGAAGCUAUGGAGGCUGCCAUGGAAGUGAGAGAUUUAACUGAAGAAGACGAGUGGAUUUUAUCGCAGAGCAAGAAAAUUUUAAAAGAAGACGAGGAGCGGAAGAAUAGAGACUUCAAGCAAAGGUCUAGGCUUAGAUGGGUUAAGGAUGGAGAUGAGAACUCGAAGUUUAUUCAUUUGAUGAUCAAUAGCAGGAAAGCUAACAAUGUGAUACAUGGUCUGAACAUAGAUGGAGUAUGGGUGUCUAAACCGUCGUUGGUGAAAAAGGAGGUAUUUGGUUUUUUCAAAAAGAAAUUUGUUGAAGACUGUGAUAUUCGGCCUCAUUUAACAUGUCAUUAUAUAAAGAAGAUUACGUCUACAGAGGCUUUAGAGUUGGAGGCUCGGUUUUCUUCUCUGGAGAUAAAAAAGAUUGAUUUUUGUAAUAUCUUGUCUGAGUUUUACGAUUCUGGGAAGAUUAAUGUGGGCUGUGGUUCCUCGUUCAUUGCUUUAAUCCCGAAAGUUAAAGACCCGCUUGGUUUGAAAGAUUAUCACCCGAUUAGUUUGGUGGGAAUUGUUAACAAAGUUAUAUCUAAGCUAUUGGCGAAUCGGCUCAAGAAGGUUUUGGAUUCUAUCAUCUCGCCCUCUCAAUCGGCUUUUAUAAGUGGAAGGUACAUCUUAGAUGGUCCGCUCGUCGUUAAUGAAGUUCUCAGGUGGUCUAAAAAAGCUAAGAAAAAGGGCAUUAUUUCUUCGGCUUGGGCAUCUGUUCUGGUUAAUGGUGCUCCCACUUUCGAAUUUAAAUGCCAAAAAGGAAUGCGUCAAGGGGAUCUUAUCUCUCCUUUCUUGUUCGUUAUUGUGAUGGAGGCUCUUUCGUGUAUGAUUAACAAAGUGUGUGGGUUAGGUAUUGUUCGUAGCGUUGAUCUUCCCGAGGAUGGCCCUUCGGUUUCUCACCUCUUCUACGCGGACGACGCCAUCAUUAUUGGGGAUUGGAGCAGAGAUAACAUCAAAAACUUCAUUAGGAUUUUGAAAUGCUUUCACCUUUGCUUGGGUUUAUACAUAAACUUCGGAAAGUCCAAUCUUUUUGGGGUUGGGAUGAGCUUUGAAGAUAUUGAAGGGAUGGCGGCGGUUGUCGGUUGUAAAGCGGAAUCCUUUCCUUGUAAGUAUCUUGGCCUUACUGUUGGGGCUAAUAUGAAUCGGAUAAACAACUGGAGACCGGUGUACGACAUCUUUGAGAAACGUCUUUCUUUGUGGAAAGCCUCGUGUCUCUCCAUUGGUGGUAGAGUUACCUUAAUUCGAUCCGUCCUUGAGAGUCUUCCUACGUACUACUUUUCGCUCUAUCGUGCCCAUGUGAAAGUCGUGGAGGAUUUGGAAAGUUUGAUUAGAAGGUUUCUUUGGGGAGGUUCCUCUAUGGAUAAAAAACUCCAUUGGGUCGCGUGGGAUAGGGUUGCGUCUCCAAAAAAGAUGGGGGAUUUAGGUCUUCAUCGCCUCAAUGAUGUAAACACGGCUUUACUUUCUAAGAGGGGUUGGAGAUUCAAAACGGAAAAAGAUAAUCUUUGGGUUAGAGUUAUAAAGGCUAUUCAUUCUGGGGGGUCCGAUUGGGAUUUCUUGCCGACAAAAAAGGCCCUCGGUGGAGUCUGGCAUAGUAUAGUCUCUGUUCUUAAAAAGCCGAUUGUGGGAGACGUUUAUUUACGAAAUAAAGACUUUAGUGACUGGUAUGUUAUGGAAUGGUGUAAUUGGGUUCCGCUAAAAUGUAAUAUCUUUGCUUGGCGGGCGGAUAUGGACAGAAUUCCAACCGUGGAGGCCUUAGCUAGGAGGGGUGUUUCGAUUGAAGAUGGUGGCUGCAGUUUCUGUAAUGAUGGCCCCGAUUCAGUUUCGCACAUCUUCACGGCUUGCCCUUUGGCGUUGGGGUUAUGGGAGAAGAUUAGUUUUUGGUGCCGUGUGAGGAAUUUCUUCGUGUUUUCUUUUAGAGACUUACUUGAUAUUCCUUUACUCGGAGGUAGAAGGAAGUCGGAGAAAGUGGCGCUGCAUGGGAUCAUCAUCACCGCUUGUUGGCUUUUAUGGAAGGCUAGAAACAACCUUCGAUUCAACGGGAAGAUGUGCAACGUGGAAGACAUUUUCAGCGAAGUUCGGGCCCUUAGUUAUCUUUGGUUUGAACACAGAGCCAAAAAUGGUUUGUUAGUUUAG